AUGGUUCCUCCUAAGAGAAAAGCUUCUGGAGCAUUUUCUGGCGCAACAGGCACUCCCAAGAAACACAAACCAAGCGAAUCUCCCACACCCGAAGAACUCAAACAGUUCUACGAAUCAACAUUAAAGCUUGUUUUUGAUCUCAGAGACGAGUCAACUGAUGAGCAGGUGGCUUUCCCGUUUGUGAAAGUACCCUCCAAGAAGCUCUACCCAGAUUACUAUGAGAUUAUCAGUCAUCCCAUCGCAUUACAUGAUAUUCUGAAAAAGAUCAACAAAGGAAAAUACUCGGAAUACGCGACAAUUGAUGAGUAUGUAGAUGACUUUCAACUUUUGCUUGACAAUGCUGCCAAAUACAAUGAUCCAGAAUCUUGGAUCGUCACUGGAGCUCAGCAGAUCUACGAUUUUGUAGUUAAGCAGAAGACUGUCUUCUUGGACCGUAUAGCGAGCGAACAUGCCUCAGCGGCCGCAAAGUCUUCCGAAACACAUCACAAGCUCAAGUUGAAGCUCAAGGAGCCAGCUGAAGAUAAGUCUGGUGUGACUUUUGCCAGGUUGCCCCAGAUUUGUUCCGAACUUCUUCAGGAUGUCAUAACCCAUGACUUUCCUGAUGAAGGCAUUAUCUCCAGCCCCUUUAUGGAAGAGGUAGACUUGGAUGAGUAUCCUGACUAUAUUAACUAUGUAGAAAAGCCAAUGGCGUUCAACACGGUGGUGACACAACUCGGCAGAAAGAAGAUGUUCUCUCCUAAGAAUUCCGUUUUGGAGAACAUACAGAAGUUCAGUGACAUGACCACCCUCAUCUUCGCAAAUGCACAAGCAUACAAUGAUCCCAGUUCUGAGAUUUACCAGGAUUCUGUAAAGCUCCAGAACCUAUUUAAUGAGAAGAUCGACGUAUUGAAGUCUCAGAUCGAAGAUCUGAAGUCAGCCAAGUUGAAGUUGAAGUUAUCCAAACCAAAACUCAAGCUCAGUCUUGGUGCACCAGAAGAACCACACGUACCAAAGAAGCGCGGUAGAAAGAAGAAGGUGGUAGUCCAAGAAGAGAUCAAGCAAGAAGAAGAACAAGAUGUAGACACAAGAGAUUCGCUUGUAGAUGACAACGAUGAUUCAAGAGAUCUGAUUGAUGACCAAGAAUUCAAGUCAGGAGUUUUGGCGGCUGAGAAGUUCACUCCAAAUACAUUGGGAAAGUCUGCUCCAACGAUUCCAGUCACGGAUACUGCUAUCCAGGAAACAUCCAUAAGCUCUUCCAUAACUGUUGUCAGCCAGACCAGUCAAUAUGCGUAUCAAAAGGUCCAACAGACUAAUAUUCCGCUUCAAAGACAUCAAGACUUGAAGAAGGCAUUGUUCCCAACUCACCAUGUAGUACCAUUAACUUCGCUAUUUGACUACCGUGUCCCUUCCAACGGUUUUAGUACCCAAGCAUAUACCAUCACUUUGCCUCCUGAAGUUCUGCCACUCGUGACCUUCAAGGCUACGUUGCACAGCAUACUCUAUGAAAUCAAGAGUGGAGACAUGAUAGAUGGACAUACAUACUUGAACCUGGGCUCAGAAGAAGACUUCCAAUGCAAGCUCUUUGUUAAUGAUGAAGAAGUCUCCACAGCUGGUGACUGUUUUGAGGAAAAGGGGCCGGAUGACACUGAUCUUCUUGCCGUUCUGUUCGAUUUGAAAUUAAAUUACGGAUUGAAUUGCUUGAGUUUCGAAUGCAAGGUUGCCCCUUCUUUGAGCAAAAGAAUGAGAAGCUCAUUAAAGCAGGAUGAAGGAGAAGAGACCUCCGGCAGACACACCAGACACCAAUUGCAGCAGCUCAAAAUGACAUGGGAUGUAGAAACAAUCAAUUUCUAUGUCAUUUGCAAUUCUUCCUGA